AUGGCUUCUUCGAAAAGUGAUGAUGAUUCAGAUGAUUUUGAUGAUGUUGAAAUCGAAGAUGAUGUUUGUGAAGUAUUUUGCGAAGAGGAGAUUGAAUUAGAUCAAAUGGAAGAAGAGGAUGAUGAUCCAGAUGAUAUUAGAGUUGAAAAUGAGGAUUCGGGAGAAUUCAUGACGGGAAAUGAAGAAGAAGAAAGUGAAGAUGGUCCAAUUAUUGAAGUUGUUAAAGAGGGAGAUGGUGCGGCUGAGAAAAUAUCGAUUUUUGAUAUGAAGAAACUUCACUAUCAAAAAAUCGUGCAAGGCGCUACAAUUGGAGGAUAUCGAUUGGUAGGUUCAGUCUUCUUAUCAAAAAAAAAAGUUAUUUUUGCAGAUGCGGGAAAUGGAUAAUCCGAGGAUUGUCAAGAAUGUGAUUGUUUCGGAUGGAGUUACAAAUUAUGGAACGAAAUUCGUGUUCUGUGGGUUAUGCAAGACUGUGUAUUCACGAGGAGGAGGAGCAGUUACGCCACACGUGAGAAAGUGUUUGGAAAUGAAAAGAGAGGAAGAUGAGAAGAAUCACAAGAAAAAUCAGUUGUCACCAAAAACUGUUGUUGAAGAAAAACGCAUUUUGACUGGAUUGAUUUCGGAAUUUAUUGUCGCAUCCGGAUCGGCAAUUCUUUUAGUUGAUUCACUCCCGUUUCAGAAAUUAUUGAGAGGAGUUGUGAAUAUCCAUUCAUACAUGACCAAGGAUCAUUUCAAUAUAAUUAUGCCCAAAAGAAAAGUGAUAAGAGAAUCGAUGCAAAAAAACGUGGAGAUGUGUAUGAAACUUGUAUAUGCGCGAAUCAAACCAAAAAUAAUCAACAAGUUUGCGUCAUUCUCAGCAGAUUUUGGUCGCAAUCAUCACGACUUUUUUUGUUUAAAAGUCAGCUAUAUCGAAACUAUUGUUGAUAAGAAGACCGGCGACAAGAGUUGGAAAUUAAUCAUUCUGCCAUUGGCUAUAAACGUGUGUAACGAAUCAUCGAAAAAUUCUGAUUUAGUCGCAAAAUUGUGUUUGCAAGAGAUCCAAAAAAUGAAUGAUUUGGAUGUCGAUUUAUCAGAUUUUCUCUUCACUGCUGACGGCGCUGCGUAUAUGAGAAAGUGCGGGGAUUCACAUUUCCUAAAAUGUAAGUUAUCCAAAUUUUAAAAAAUUCAAGUAGUAAUUACUUUCAGAUGUGCGUUGCAGCGCUCAUUUGUCCAACAUCCUCGCUCAACAUACGAUAAAUCCGUAUGCAAACUCUGGUCUUCCACAAUAUGUUUUGGACCAUCUCAAGAAAAUCGAAUCCAUCAUAACUGAUUGCAACAAUUUGGUUAAAAAAAUUAAAAAUCGAUUUUCGGUAGGUAUUUUUAUAAAAUUUUGACAAAAAAUUAUGAUAUUACUCAGAUAAAAAUGCUGUUGCCGCACCGUGUCGAUAAUUAUGUGGAAACUAGAUGGUUGUCGAAUUUGAUGGUUCUGAGAAGUAUCUCUAAAAACAUUGAUGCAUUAGCCAAGCAUAAGGAUUCUUUCGAUGAGCAAGGAAAACAACUCAUUCUAAAACUUAUAUCAAAUACGCCAAUGAUUGAAAAUACAAUUGAAACUCUUGCCGAGUUCGAUGAAAUCUGUAUUUAUUUCCAGGUACUGUACAAAAAGAAUAAAUUCUAAAAAUAAUCAUAAUUUUGUUACAGCAAGAUGAUGUAACAAUUCACGCAGUUUUGCCAACAAUGAUCGGCCUAAUUAUCCAUUUUCAACGAAAAGCUCAACUUCUAGAUGAUACAACAAGAUGCUUAGGAGAAUCAGCAGUCAAUUCGCUCCUUCACAAUAUUCAAGAUAUCAGCGAAUUUCAUUGUUUGGCUUAUCUACUCGAUCCUCAAAGAGUAGAAGUUCAAGAAAAUAUAAAUUCUUUAAAUGUGAGUUGUUCUUCAAAAUACAUGAAAUGUUUGCUUUUGUUUUACAGAUCCAAUUGGACGUAGAAAAAGAAGCAAAAAAAGCGCUUCAAAAAAUAUCUCAAAUUUUGAACCUUGAGCCAACCAAAACACCUACAAAGCCACGCGCAUCAAACGAAAAUGGUUUAAUGGCGAAAUUUUUAAAGCGAGAAGAGCAGACCGAAACUCUAGAAGACGAAUUCCAAAUCUUUUUGGCAACAAAAAGCCGCCUCAGUCUUCAUCAUUUCUGGCCACAAAACAUGACAACUUUCCCGAAACUCACUCUGGUUGCCAAAAAACUGUUUGGCGCAGUGGCCAGUGAAGCGUCGACAGAGCGUAGCUUUUCAUUGCUCAAAAAUACUUAUCGCAAUAAUCGACGACGACUCAAAACCACAUUCUUGGAGAAACUUUUGGUAGCCCAUGAAAUCGAAAAAUCAACUAAAUGUUGA